AUGCCUCCAAAUCCAUUCUGCUGCCAAGCAGCUAUUCCGCACACCAUUCAACACCUACACAGCAUCAUUAAUGCCAAUGCAACACACAAUCCCUUGAAAGAGCCAAUCUCUCCCGGACCCCUCAUCACGUCUUUCGUCCUAUUCGUCAUCACCAAUCCAACGGCAAUCUCUGCUCCCAAGCCAGCUCCAUCUGCUCCUCCUGCAAUACUCGAUCAGACCCGCCCGUCAUCUGCCUAUAAGCUAGCCUCUCCAUACUCUUCUUCCACCAUGUGGUCACAAAUGUUGACAGCUCCGUCAUGGUCAGAUAGCUAUGUUCCUCCACGCCAUGACGACUCACCUUAUAGACCCUGGCCUCUACCGAAGCUUCCAACCGCGACUUUUCGCACCCCUAACCCCUAUCCUGAAGAUUCAGACUACAUCAAGGUCCCAUCAGACUCCCCGUCGGAGCCAGGAGGCAUCCUCAUCGGCCACUCCAACAUAUUCUUCGCCAUGCUCGAACUCAAAUGCGCCCACCCCACCUCCAUCAACGACCAAAGCCCAGCCUCCCUCACCUUACGUCACGAUCUUACUCGAUACUUUGCCGCGUGCGAGGAACUCAGAGGAAAGGAUACGGUGCUAAACGCGAAUAGUAGAGUUUUGGGAAGGCGUUGGGCAGAGAUCACAUUGGAAGAAGCGAAGGAGUGGUUGAGGAAAGUAGGGUUUAAUGGGGUGCUGUUACAGGGUGUGGGGGAUGGGGUAGAGAGGUUUUGGUGUGAGGUGCAUAAGUGCUGGUGGGAGAUGAGGGUUUGGGUUAAUGAGGGAAGUUCGUUAUUGAGUGAGGGAGCGGACAAAAGCAUGAAUUCGUUGUUAUUUUGA